UUUUUUGAUUUUAAAAAUGUAUUAUUAUUUAACUUUUUCAAUAUUAUCUUUAAUUUUUGUUAUGAAUUAUUCCAUUUUAUGUUUGCCAACAAAAGUAGAAAAAUGUGUUGCCGACUAUCUUUUAGUUAAUAAAGAUGUCAAAACAAAAAUUUUUGCUGAAAAAAUUGGAGAAGAAUGGAUUGUUAAAAGAGGGGUAACUACAGGAGAACUUUUUACUGAUUUUUUGAUUGAUAAAGAAGUAAUGUUAAAAUCUAUGAAUAAAAGUUAUAGAAAAAUUUGUUCGAAAGUUUUAAAUAAAUAUUUGAGUGAAAAAUAUAAUGAAAAAUAUAAUGAAGGUUACUUUAAUAAAAUUAAAAAUUAUAUUUAUUGGUGGAAUGAAAUAGAUGAAAAUACUUUAAAUAUUCGAGAGUUAUUUACUGAAAAUAAAAAAGAUUAUUUAAUUGUAUCUGAAAAAUAUCAGAAGAAGUUAGGUAAAAGGAGAUUUAUGAAAUAUUUUUUGUUUAAUAAAGGAUAA